UGUCCAUGGUGAAGACAACAGCGAGCCUCGGCAUCCCCAUCACAGAGCUGGGAUCCAUCAUCCAACGGAGGAGCCUAUAGGUUAUUGGGGAAUCUGAAGACUGUGAAGAGAUCCCAUGCCUGGCAUGCAGUGAUUCCCCAGCCGCCCAUCCGACCGAUAAGAUUCCGUCGUCCGAAUGAAAUCUUCAAGUCCCUUUCAACCCUCAGCUAUAAGACUAGCGACACGUUCGCUUCGGCCACUCUCUCGGUAUUUCGAUGGCCAGCUGACCUUCAGUGUCCGGCAUCGUGUUGGCAGAGUUCCCUUACUCUUCCCCUGAACCAUCAGCACUGUCACCAAAGAUGUGCACAUACGAUUAUACGCCGUACACCGGCUGCAGAGAUGGGGAGCAGCACUUCUACAUUCAAUGGGUGAAAUGCAAAAAAGCAGUCCAAACAAACAAAUACUGCACCUUGGAAGGCUCAACCAAGCUCGAACAUCUCAGCAAGUUGUCUUCCAAUGUUCUCUCCUGCCCAAUCCACGGCCUGGUUGCCGUGCAGCAACCCCUUCUCGAUUCAUUACCCCUGGCUACCGUUGAAGAGCUUGGUGUCCGAGAUAGCUCAGACGGAAAGACGGGGGGAGCUCGGGUCCGUACCAAAGCCCACCACGACUUGUCAAUUUCCAAAGACACACCACAUGAGCAACUCCCGCGCAGAGAUCGAGAUCCAUGGGCAGCAGGCAGAAGAGAAUCGGAAUCAUCGGAUUCCGAAUCGUCAAGCCGCAUCAAAGCCCCGUCUAGGGCUGUUGAUGAGGGCUUGUCAGCACACGGCGUCCCCAGGAAGCGAAGCACGCCGCCUACCCGAGAGAAGACUCACCGACGUGCCAGGUCCGCCGAUCUGAGCGUGCCGUCCUCUCAGCCAUCAUCUGUGCACCACACUCACAGCAAGGUUCUUCUGCAACGGCGAGCCGAAUCCGAGACUCAGGAACAGGAAACCCAGCCAGUAACGAAAUCUACGACAAAGAACGCGACGUCACGUCCGAAGCAAACCCUGGACAUCCCAAUCGGACCUGGCAAGAUGGGACUGCCCGCAAGCCCAGACGUUCAUCGCUUAGCCAAUGAGCUUCACAGGAGCAAGAGUGAGGCACUACUCAGGGACUGUGAAGAGCCCCAAUCCAAACCUGAUGGACCUACCGAGCAAACUACGGGCUCGAGUGACGGUUCUCCAGACCACAAUUCAGAAUUACCCUUCAGUAACGGACCUCCGUGUCGAGGACGGAGGUCGGGGUCAAGCUCAAUGCGCAACCGCAGUGUCGACACAUCGAUGAGACGGAUCUAUGGAAAUGCCGUGCCGGAAGAAGACGAGGAGGAGCCUCUUCAAACGCAGCGGCCAGAGUUGGCUCGCGGUCCCUCCGUUGUGCCACAGCCUAAGACCGCCUCCCCUAUAGAACGGAUGCGAGGCAGCGGCAGCACACAGGUCCCAUUUCCGAAGCCGGCUUCCCGCCUUGCUCGCCACGAGGAAUUGGACACGACCCGUUUAAGCUCCUUGCAGAUCCCGGAACGAAUUGAUGGCCAUCAGCGCCCGGUUUCCCGCAGCAGCGCCACUAGCUCUCCUGGGCAAGACAAGUCUCGUCCGUCAUUUCGAAGCAUCAAGUCCCUGAGAUAUGGUGGAGCCCCGUAUCAUACCAGAGUACCAGAGGAGAUUGCCUUUCUCAGCAGCUUUGGAGCCACACGCUUUGACGGCCAAAUCGAUGAAGGGCACAUAUGGGCCGCCGCCAACGAGCACAUGUCCAGCCCUUCCACAUCAUCGGGCAGCCCGAAGGCGGACAACGCAGCCCACGCAUUUGAGCCAAACCAGGCGCCGAGUUCGUCGGGGAGGGAGUCGGUUGAUAGUGGGUACCUGAGCGGGCAUCAGCAGCAGCCGCAGAGAGGGGGGAAGUCACCUACGGCAUCAGCGGUAGGCUUAGGUAUUACGGGGCUCACGGUUGGUCACAAGGGGGGAAAUUCUUCACUGCCCUGCAGCCAACAUGGGCAAGACGCGAGGGACGGUCCCGUACCCGAAAUCCAGAAUCUGAAUGGGUUGCCGCCUUGCGCAUUACCCGUGAGUUUGGCUUCACUGCCGUCGGAGACUGUUGGGAAGGGUGGGAAAACGCCGCUCCUGCAGCGAAUGGGCCUGAAGAAAAAGAUCAGUGGCUUGUGGGAACGGGGUGGACAGAAAGAGAUUGGAGCCAUUGAGGGGUGAAGCAACAAGCUGUUCUUGUUCUGCCUGUUUCGAUGGUGG